AUGGCUUUCUCACUACUACUUACGGCAUUUGAACCCUACGUUGAUAUCCCAUUCAACGUAUGGCUUACCAUUAUCCUCAUCCUCACCUAUGGGUGUGCUCUUCGAAACCCGGGCCUGCUUUUGCUCAUCGUCCUUGGGGUCAGCGCGACUAUAUUCGUAUUUAACACAACUGCUACUCUCGGCGAAAUGACCAAAACCAUGUGUUUGCUUCCCUUAGGCCUCGGCUCUGUCUUAACAUUCCUCGUUGCGGAUCGGUCUUUGCAGGCGAGGUUUCUACCCGCCUUUACGACCUAUGUUAAUUUUGCGGUGUACGCAAACAUUGGCAUGAUGGUCGGGACUCCUACGGGCGGCACCCUUCGGGGAAUGUGCAGCAAAAUCACUUGCGUUGCCCUCUUCAUUUGGAUCGUCCAAAAAGGACACCGUGUUGGAUGGAAGACAGUCAGAGUUCACGACAACUUGUUCGUCUUCACUGCCGUCAGCAAAUCGUGGAUAUUUGCACACGCAUGCUAUCGAUUUGUUCUCUUGACUUUGCCGUGCUUUGGGUCUGGACGCCGGCAUCGCCUUCUAGAGUUGUACUCUCUCACUUUAACAUUUGCCCUGUCGUCGACUUCAAAACUUCCAUUCGAGUAUUUCUUUGGAAUGGCCGAUACAUUGGUUGUUCCGGCAAUUGCAGGAUGGUCGGCAAUUGCAACAAUGUUCAAUCUAAUACCGCGCGAUACGGUAAACGACGACUUACUCUCGAGUCGUAUCGGGACUGGUGCAGAUGCAUUUCUGAGCGCGGUGUCACUGGCUGUUGCCGCCUUUGCUUGUUUUAAGAUAGCUAGCGCUCCGCGAUGA